UAAUAUUUGUGCCACAACUGAAAUGGAUAUGUGUUACAGGCAAGCUAGCGACAACGAUAAAGGAAGAAGAGAGUAAUCCAUCCCUCGGCAAAAGCAGAGGAGAGAUAGAGAAACUCGAAAUGAGUAGGGCAUUGGCAAGAAGAAUAACUUCAGCAGUGAAAGCAUCAGCUACUUCAAAUCCAAUUUCAUGGAGGAGGAACAACAACUCAAUCCAUCCAUUUCUCCAGAGCACAAGACAUCUCUGUUUGGGUGUCCUUCCCGACGGCGUCGACCGGAGCUCCGACGCAUUCGCUCAUAAUUCAAAGCUCAUGGACACCAUCAUAUCCCAACUUCACUCUCACAUCGACAAGGUUUUGGCUGGAGGAGGACCUGAAUCUGUGAAGAGAAAUAGAAGUAGGAAUAAGCUUCUACCCAGAGAGAGAAUCGAUCGCCUCAUUGAUCCUGGCUCUUCUUUCAUUGAGCUUUCUCAGCUUGCAGGCCAUGAACUAUAUGACGAACCCUUACCGUCUGCUGGGAUAAUUACCGGAAUUGGACCAGUGCAUGGAAGACUUUGUAUGUUUGUAGCAAAUGACCCCACAGUGAAGGGAGGAACUUAUUAUCCCAUCACUGUCAAAAAACAUCUUAGGGCACAAGAGAUUGCAGCUCAAUGCAAACUACCAUGUUUAUAUCUUGUUGAUAGUGGAGGUGCUUUCCUUCCAAAGCAGGCAGAUGUAUUUCCUGACAAGGAUAAUUUUGGUAGAAUUUUCUACAAUCAAGCUAAUAUGUCUGCAGAAGGAAUUCCACAAAUUGCACUGGUAUUAGGUUCUUGUACUGCAGGCGGUGCUUAUAUUCCUGCAAUGGCUGAUGAAAGUGUAAUGGUGAAAGGGAAUGGCACUAUAUUUCUAGCUGGCCCUCCACUUGUGAAGGCUGCUACUGGAGAGGAAGUUUCUGCUGAGGAUUUGGGGGGCGCAAUUGUGCAUUGCAAGACAUCAGGUGUUUCAGAUUAUUUUGCUCAAGAUGAACUGCAUGGACUAGCUAUAGGGAGGAAUAUCAUUAAGAACUUGCACAUGGCUGGGAAUCAAGGGUUGAUAAAUGGAUGGCAAAAUAACAGCCCUGACUAUAAAGAGCCAUUGUAUGAUGUAAAGGAGCUUCGUUCCAUUGCACCAACAGACCUCAAGCAGUCUUUUGAUAUUCGAUCAGUUAUCGCUCGCAUUGUUGAUGGAAGUGAAUUUGAUGAAUUCAAGAAAUUGUAUGGCACUACCCUUGUAACCGGCUUUGCUAGAAUUUUGGGACAGCCAGUGGGAAUUAUUGGGAACAAUGGGAUACUAUUUAACGAAUCUGCUCUGAAAGGGGCCCACUUCAUUGAAUUAUGUGCUCAACGUAACAUUCCUUUGGUCUUCCUUCAAAACAUCACAGGCUUUAUGGUUGGCUCAAAAUCUGAGGCAAAUGGUAUAGCAAAAUCAGGAGCAAAAAUGGUGAUGGCGGUUUCGUGUGCCAAGGUUCCUAAAGUUACCAUUAUUGUUGGUGGAAGCUUUGGUGCUGGAAACUAUGCGAUGUGUGGCCGUGCAUAUAGUCCCAAUUUCAUGUUCUUCUGGCCAAAUGCCAAAAUAUCGGUGAUGGGGGGUGCUCAGGCUGCUGGUGUGCUCUCCCAAAUAGAAAAGAGCAACAAGAAAAAACAAGGAAUUCAGUGGGCGAAGGAAGAGGAGGAAAAAUUCAAGGCAAAAGUUGUGGAGGCAUAUGAUAGAGAAAGUAGUGCUUAUUACUCCACAGCAAGACUCUGGGAUGAUGGCAUCAUUGAUCCGGCAGACACAAGAAAAAUCAUAGGUUUCUGCAUCUCUGCUUCCAUCAACCGUGCCCCAGAAAGUACGAAGUAUGGUGUAUUUAGAAUGUAACACUGCAUGAUUUAUAUUUCAUAAAUAAUAAAAAAAAGGCAUUGGCAGCCAAAUGCUUGCUGCUUGAUGGCCAAACUAAGUUCUCUUAAACUUUAAUGUUGCUCCGCUGCAUUUACAUGUUGAAUGAGUGUGAAUGUCCCAUCUCUUUUGUGGGUGAUGCAUAUGGUGCGCCAUACUUGCUUCCUUGUCCCUAAAUCGAUUCAAUGCCAUCUCUAAUCAACACCAAGUCUUCUCAUUUCCUCAACGCACAUCAGUUGAUAGUGGUGGUACAAACAUAAUGUAAGGCAAUUACAGCUUACCUAUAUAGUUUGAUUACUUUGAUGCUAAGCAUGGCCUAGAUUGAAGUUAUUGUAUGAGCAGGAAAUUGAGAUGUGAAUUUGACACUCUUCAUUUUCAGAAAACCUAAGUGCCUCUAUGGAUAUGAUGACAAGCCUUCCUCCAUAUGUUUGUUGAGUCAAAUUAUUGUAUUAUUGGUGCAUGUUUGAACUCUAUUGAAAUUAUUGAAUGUUAUGAGCAUUUAAAAACCA